AUGAGCCCAGAUCCCUGCCCUUAUCACAUUCCCAGACUCCCCAUCUUAGGACCCAAGUCUGACCUCCUUCAGGAUCUGCAGCUGUGUUACGCUGUGUUACAGGAAAGGGGACGCAAUCCAGACCCCAAGGGAGGGUUCUUGGAUCUCGUGCAAGAAACAACUCAGGCUCCUGGGCCCUUCCUCCCUCACCGCCAUCCCUGUCUUCCUGAGCCUCCUCCCUCUGAAUUUCUUCAUCAGCAAGAAGAGGAACCACAGUCAGGAAGAGCAAAUGAGGCAGAAGGACUCGCGGGCCUGGCUCAGCAGCUCCAUCCUCAGGAACUCGAGGACUAUCAAGUUCUGUGGCUGGGAAGGAGCCUUUCUGGACAGAGUCCUGGGCAUCUGGGGCCAGGAGCUGGGCGCCUUGCGGACCUCCGGCCGCCUCUUCUCCGUGUCGCUGGUGUCCUUCCAAGCGUCUACAUCUCUGGUAAUGUCACUCUAGUCUCUAUGCUGAGCAGGACUGGGGAAGGAGUGUGGGGGUCAGGGGGUGAGGUAAGUGGAGCCUCCCAGAUCCUACCACCCUGUCCAUCAAAACCCACACAUUCUAGAUCCUGUUCUCUCAGGGUUCCUGCUGUCUUCUGCAUGAACAAAUUAAUCACAUCAUUCUGUUGAAGGUGGCAGUGGCUGAUGAGGUCAGCUGUUCUGAGAGUUCCAGGCUUCUACAUGUGGGGACGAGGGUUCAGGUGCAGGGGGACUGCAGAGGUAGAAUCUGGGGCCUGAGUGGCUUCCCUGCUGCUGGCCAGCAGAUGUCCACAGCCACCCUGUCACUGAUGUGAUGCUUGUCCUACCAUCCU